GUCCAAUCCUGCGAGACGCGUCGUUCAUACAGCGAAGAUGUGUUCUGUACUGCGCGUCAGUGAGGCGCUCCAGACGUUCUGCCGCGGAAACAAGGUGCUGUAAUCACCCAUAAUGAAAUGAAGGUGAUUCAGGAGGAACAACAGAUAGCAGUGUGGACCCUGUGAGUUUCAGUGCUACAGUCCUGAACUGUGAAAAAUACAGUGGUCAUCAUGAUAGACCUGAGCCACCUGAGCGAGGAGGAGCAGGAGAUGAUCAUGACGGUUUUAAAGAGGGACGCCGAGUUGAAGAAAGCAGAGGAGGAACGAAUCAAACAGCUGCAGCAAGCCGUCCCAGAGGAAGACAAACGCAAAUUUAUGUCAGGAGAAUGGUUCUACGAAGCGAAGUCACAAAGACACCAGGAUAAGAUUCAUGGCUCUGAAAUCAUCAUGGCAUCAAUGAAGCAAAGGAAACCCUCAGUUGUUGAGUAUUUAACCAAGUCGUGGGGCGGCAGAUCCAGAAGCAUCAGCCAAAAGAAUAGUGAUGGCAUCCUGACGUCACCUAAAACUACGGAGUCCUCAGAGCAGCUAAAAGAGAGGGAAAAUGGUGAGAUGUUAGAGGUCCAGCAAGAAAAACUUAACAUAGGCAUGAGAUCGCCGUCCAAGCCAAGGCACAACCCAUUCAACAGUGUUCCAACAGAGCUUGAUUUUGAGGAAACAGAUAUCCACUUUACAUCAGGACCAGGACUCAGGAAUUCAUUAGACCAAGGCUUUGAUUCGCAAGGUUUAUGUAGCAACUUGUUGUAUAUGUAUAUGCACUGUAUAAUGUUCAUUUGUGCUCAGAAAUGUGUAGUUUUGUGUUCUCUCAUGUUUACAAGUCUCACAUUUGCAGUAAAACAUCAGGAAGCAAGUCAUGGUGAAGUUAAUAGUGAGGUCUUCAACACCCCACACAACCAACCUCCUGGUCAAAAGCCUGUGCCAAAGAAAAGGACCAAGAUCAACAAACCACAGAGCUCUGUCUCAGACAGCACCAGCUCUUUGUCCAUCCAGAGUAUAUCCAGCCAGGGUGUGUCCAACACAGCAGGCUCAGGUAUCAGGUCUCCACCACCAAGAAAUAUCCCAAAACCUAGCUCCAACGAGCCCACUCUCAAGAGCCAACUGCGACAACCAGUUGUAUCCCUCAGUUCUGUUCGAAAAAACAGAAGUCAAGAAAAUGAUCCUGAAGAAUCUAAACUUUCUCCCACUAGUACAGAAGAAUCAAGUGUCAAAUCUGAAAACAAAGAGAAAUUUAGCUCUGCUUCACCAGUGAAGUUGCCAAAGUCACGUUUACCAGUUAGAGCUUCAUCGCAACUGAUAAACCUUCCACAAGGCUUACAAGAAAAGCCAAAGAUAAAACCACGACUAAGUCUGAACUCUAUCACAAGAGCAGAUGAUGGCAAAAAAGUGGAAGAGCUUCUAAAACAAAGAAGAGAAACAAACAGUUGCCUUCCUCACUCACCAAGUAUGGAAUUAGAGGGCCAAAACAUUUCUGGUGAAAUUGACCUUCCUUGUGAGAAUGCAGUGUUUGCGUUGACUGAUAACUCUGAAAAGCCCCUGGAUGAAAUCACUGCCCCUCAACCUUCACUGCACAAACCUGGGAAUGUGGAAAAUCAUGUGUGUCUGGAUCCAAAAUUGGAAACGAUGAGAACUGCAGAAAAUAAGAAGAAAACUGAUGUUGAUCAACAAUUUCCCAGAUCCCUCAGCAUAACAGAUACACUCAACAAGACAGAUGUCUCUACUGACUAUGAGGCUGACAGCAGCCCCCUUGUCUUCAAUAUAAAACGAAAGACUAAUAACUUAAAACAAGAAGAUGCCAAACUGGAAGUCAUGACAGAUGAACAUAUUCUCACACCUACCGAUGAACAAGGAGAUUCCAUUGCCAAAGUUCUUGAGUGGUUUAGUAGAAGCUCAGACAGCAGUGAUAGACUUGAUAUAGAGAGCGAUGUCCAAUACAUGGAGGACGACACCAAGAUCGAUGACAUAGACUUUGAACGUGAUAUUGAUCAGAGAGCCAAACCAAGAGAUAAUGUGUACUUGAUCAUACCACGGCAAAGUGAAGAGGUUCCAUCAGAAGUCGAUACAAUAUUUCUAGAACAAACAGACUGGGGAAACGAACAAAGUGUUGAUGAGUCUCCCCAGAAUUUUCUAAAAGAAAGGAGAAGAUCUGAAUCUGCUUCUUAUAAAGAACCUGCUCUUACUGCAAACUUUGUGCCUCCAGAGAUCCCAGAGGUGAAUAUUUCUGUAGGUGGGAAACUUAGUCAAAAUGAGAACAGAGCAGAGAACAAAGUCAAACUGGACAACACUGAUAUCAAGCAAGAUAUGACUCAACAUCAGCCAAAUGAAAGAACUGGUGUUGAAGAGAACCAGCGACCAAAGAUUGCCAAUUUGAGAUCAUUCUGGGAGAAAGAAAACAUUGGUCCAAAGAUUUUGAUUGGCAAAUCUAGUGCACCUACUAAAAAUGAACACUGCAUUCCUAGUGAUAUUAGCAGAAAGACAACUGAAAGUGUAGAGGACCAACAGAGAAGUGAACAGAGCUUGAAAGUAACAUCUCCAGGACACCAGAAAAGAGAGAGAGUUGAAGAAGAUUUAGACCUUGAGCAUGUUGGAAGUGCCAACACCACUUAUAAAGCUGAAGAACCUAUUGAAGAAGGAGAAUCAAAACCACAAUUAAUAUAUGCCAAUCAGAAGACUGACCAAAUACGUGCAAGCUCUCCCUUAGAAAAAGAUGUUACUCUUUCACAUUUAAAAUCAUCUUCGCCCUCACUUGACAGUGGAUCCUUGCUAGCAGGUCAAAAUGGUGACAGCAGAGGCACCAUUAGCAUCAACAGCAGUGAGGCAGAUAACAAGUAUACAAAGGAAUUAGAGGCUAAAUCAAGUACCGUACCAAAGACAAAUCAGGUGCCUUUUGUUAAACAGAAUUCCCAGCAAGAGAACAUGGCAGAAAGGAUCAAGCAACUCAAGUCCUUCUGGGAGAAAGAAUCUAGAACAUCAGCAGCGGCUCAAAACAGAUCGACUACUACUGCUCGACUGAACCAAAGAUUUACAAAAUCUGAGUUUGAUCUCAGAACAAUAGGUACUGAGUAUGAUGAUUCUGAUGAUGAUGCUGAGGACAGUACUUUGGCCAGAGGUAGAAUGUCUCCCAAUUUCUUGGUGCAUCCACUACAGAAGGAUAAACCAGUUGUGACGGACGGUAUGAGCACUUUACAGUUUAAGAACCUCCGUGACUUCUGGGGAGGUUCACCUACGAAAUCUGGGCAAAGGUCACCGGUUCUUAAAAGUGGAAAUCAGAGAUCCGCAAGUCCACAAAGUCAAAAUGAGAGAGCUGGUGUCAAAGACUUUGUAAAUGAGAGCCAAAAUAACAAAACAUCUUUACCAGCCAAAACUAGAGUAUUCCAGUCUCCCUCAAAGAAGAGGAUUAUGACAAGGCAAGAAUCUGGAACAAAGACAGAUCAGUCGCAUAUGGUCUCAGGCUCUCAGACCACUUCAGAAGCCACAAUGGUACCUAAACCUCAGGUUGGUCAAGAGUCACAAUCAAAACAUGGUAGAAGAAACAGCAAAGGCAGUCUAAACGGAAAAGCAAAUGCCAUGCGACGUGCAGCGAGCAUGUUUUCUGUGAACACUGCGGUUGAGGAGCAAAGCCAGGAUUUAAAUCUUCAGUCCAAGAAGUCCCAGGGAACCAAUCUGCAACAGGUUAAAAGGCCAUCAGAAGCUAGCAUCACACAGUCCAGGAAAACACAGGAAGCUAGCUAUACUCUGCCAAAAACAUCCCCGGAAAUCUCUUGGAAAGACAGAGACAAAAACACUCAGAGAAGACCGUCACGUACCUCAGAGGAUUCUGACUCUCAACCUCUUGCUAGAUCCUUCAUUCCACGGGACUACCAGCAUUAUUACCUUGGAAUCACAGAGGACAGAAGUAUGUACAGUCCACCUUCAGUUACAGAGCAGGUUGAUGAUUUUAUCUGCACUUCAUUUACGUCAUCUCCAGAGACACACCGCAGCUGUAAAUGUUCCCCCGUGAAAACCAGUACUCCAGUACAGGGUUCCCCCGAUCUCCAACCCAGGAGAGGGAGCCUGGGACGCCACUCAACUACACAAACUGAUGGAAAUGCCACUAAGGGGACUUCAAACCGUGAAAGUGAAAGUGCCAUUCAGAAAGCUUUGAGACGAGCUUCAUCUAGACCCACGUACCAUAAAAGCAUGGAAGACAUCAGCACUUUUCCUAGACAAGACCAAAAAGUCAAACAAACAAAUGACUACAUGCAGGGCAACUAUGAUGACUCUAGCACACUUGUCCAGACUUCCUUCGCCACAUCAGACCCAGAGAAGCUAAAGCAACUCAGCAAAUCAGUUCCCUCAUUCCUGCAAAAAGAAAGUGAUGAAGGAGAGAGUGACUCUGAGAGCAGCGGUGUACCACAGUGGGAUAACAGACAAUUCACUGACCUCAGCAACUACUCUGGAUCCACCUCCCUGUCAUCUGUUAGCGGCAGUGUUGUGAGUGUGUACAAUAGUGACUACAGCAGUGUUGACGUUCAAGGAAGCAUCCAGUUUUCACUAAACUACGUACACAAGUUGCGGGAGUUCCACAUCUUUGUUGUUCAGUGCCAGAAUCUUGCAGUAGUGGACACAAAGAGGAAUCGAUCUGACCCGUAUGUUAAGAGUUACCUCAUACCUGAUCCUGCCAAUCUGGGAAAAAGAAAAACUGCGGUGAAGAAGAAAACACUGAAUCCUACAUACAAUGAGAUUCUUAGGUACAGAGUUCGAAUGGAGUACCUGAUGUGCCAGGUUCUCAACCUUUCAGCAUGGCACAAUGACACAUUUGGUCGUAACAGCUUCCUGGGUGAAAUAGAGCUUGACCUCUCCUCUUGGGAUUUUAAUGACACAGAGUGGAAGCUUUUACCUCUUAAACCAAGGAAUCUCUUCUGUCAGACCACAAACAGCCUCCAGCCAUCUGACUUAAGAGGACAGAUGAGACUGGCCAUACGUUUCCUGCCUCAGAUUUCCCACUCAAAGAACAUUCCAGGCUCUGGUGAAGUGCAUAUCUGGGUCAAAGAUUGCAAAAACCUCCCUUUGAUCAGAAGCCCAACUAUUGACCCAUAUGUAAAAUGCUUUGUACUCCCCGACACCAGCAAAAAGAGCCGUCAGAAAACUCGGGUGCUGAAGAGAACAGUCAACCCCAUGUUUAACCACACUAUGGUGUAUGAUGGCUUCAGGGCAGAGGAUUUGAAAGAGGCUUGUGUGGAGCUUACCGUUUGGGACCGUGACCGACUAGCCAAUCACAUUCUCGGAGGCCUGAGACUCGGCAUGGGCACAGGCAAGAGUUACGGAGUACAGGUAGACUGGAUGGACUCUACAGCAGAGGAAGUGGCUUUAUGGAGGAGAAUGAUGGAAUCUCCCAAUGAGUGGGUGGAGGCCAUGUUACCACUGAGAAUGGUAACAGCAGCCAAAAACACAUGGAAAUGAGAUUACAGGGACAUUUAUUCCAGCCCAUCUUUCAAAUAAUAUUUUUUCACAUAUAAUAUCUUGUAUUUGUUAUGAUUUAGUAGUAUAAUAGUUUUUUUCCCAUUAGACCUGAAAUUAACAUGUAUUUAGUUUCCGGAUAGUAGAUAUUCUCCCAGAUAGCACACGUAUGUCUGCAAGAUGUCUGUUAAAGUUCACUUGAUCUGGAAAGCAUCUAUAGAUGUAUUGCAGAUGAGCACAAACUAGGUAUGGCUAGGAACUAUACUCUCCUUCCGGCAUAAAAAUCAAGGAACUU